AUGGAGCAUGCCAUAUCGGCUAUAGCAGGUGAACUCGCGAGCCGAUUUGUCUCCUUCCUCGCCAACAAGUACCACUGCUGCCUCGCAAACUCUGAAGAGAAGCAGCUAGCGAGGCUGCAGCAACUGCUCCUGAGAGCUCACACAGUCGUCGAGGAGGCAGAUGGGCGAUACAUCACAAACUCCGGGAUGCUGGCACAGCUCGACAUGCUCGCAGAGGCCAUGUACCGAGGCUACUGGGCACUCGGGGCAUUCAGGUACAGGUCACUUCAACAGACUCCAAUGGAGGAGGAGCAGGUUAGCGACUCAUACCCUAAACGUUUUCGCACGGUUCAUGGCAGUGCUAGAAAGAAGAAAGCAACGUACCUUGUCAACUUGCAAGGAGUGCUGGAGAGCUUAGAAUAUGUGGUUUCUAGCAUGACAGAGUUUGUUGUUCUCCUAGGUGGAUGCGACCGUAUGGUGCGUCGACCAUACGAUGCGUAUCUUUACAAUGACAACAUCAUGUUUGGUCGGCACGCCGAAAAGCAAAAGCUCCUGAACUUUCUGCUGCAGCACGGCCCUCCCGGUGGUGCACCGGCUGUCCUCCCCCUCACCGGUGGUCCUGCUGUUGGCAAGAGGACUCUGGUCGCCCAUGUAUGCAAGAAUGAGAGGGAGGACUGGGCCAAGUUUUGUUCAACCCUGGCAAGCAUGGACAGUGGAAGCAAGGUGAUCAUCAUCAGUCGAUGUAAGAGUUCAGAGAAACUGGGAACAGUCAAGCCAAUCUUCCUCAACACCCUGCCAUACGAGGAGUUCAACUACCUCUUCAAGACACUUGCAUUCGGGAGUGAGGACCCGGCGCAGCACCCACGGUUAGCACGAAUAGCAGACGAGAUGGCUAGGGAGCUGCAUUCGGAUUGGUCGCUCAUCGCUGCAAACUUGCGUGCUGAUGUGAUGAGAAGGAAUCUUGAUCUCCAUUUCUGGCUCUGCAUGUUGAGCAGGAUGAGAAGAUUUGUCGAGAGGAACUUCUCCAUGUUCGGGGAGCACCCACAGCUGCUAGUUCUGAGGCGCCAUCAGAUAGAUAUUACAGACUUCUUGCAUUCUUAUUCUCCACUACGCAUUGUACCGUCUUGUAGCACUGGCAGCAGCCGUACUAAGAUUACAGAGGAAAGGCAACUGCUACCGAAUGUGAGGCUUGGGGAUCUGGUGGCGGAUCCUGGAGCUAGGCCACAAGGUGAUUUCAACGUCGUUAGUUGGGAAUCAAGGGUGCCACCUUACACUUCAUUUGUUCAUUUCGUUUCAAAUUGUGCUCCAGGUGUGGCUGAAGAUACCCCUCUGCCUGGGAGGAAACGUUCAGCAGUCCAUUUGUAAUUAAGGCCUUCUAAUUCAAAGGAUUUCUAUGGAUUUUUUAGGUUAGAAUCUUUAUUGCUCCAUCCA